AAUUCUGUUUUUUUUUAAGAGAGGGAAAUCCCAAAUUCCCCUAUCAUAGGCACUGGGCAACACUACCACACCAUUUUCCCCAUAACCACAGGUCUACAACACAGUACAAACACCCACGUUCUCCGAAACCCAAAAAUGGAAGACAACCCACAACUCCCACCACCGCAACCGACGGCUGCGCCGUCUCCAUUCCCUCCUCAACCCCCCUACCACCACCUCCUCCAACAACAACAACAGCAGCUCCAGAUGUUCUGGACGUACCAGCGCCAAGAAAUCGACCAGGCCAACGACUUCAAGAACCACCAGCUCCCCCUGGCCCGCAUCAAGAAGAUCAUGAAGGCCGACGAGGACGUCCGCAUGAUCUCCGCCGAGGCCCCCAUCCUCUUCGCCAAGGCCUGCGAGCUCUUCAUCCUCGAGCUCACCAUCCGCUCUUGGCUCCACGCCGAGGAGAACAAGCGCCGCACCCUCCAGAAGAACGACAUCGCUGCCGCCAUCACCCGCACCGACAUCUUCGAUUUCCUCGUCGAUAUCGUGCCCAGGGACGAGAUGAAGGACGAGGGUUUGAUGGUGGGUGGGCCUAAUAGUAACAGUACGGCCAGUGGAGUGCCGUAUUAUUACCCCCCGGCGGUAAUGGAUGCGGCGGCGGGGGGGAUGAUGAUGGGGCGGCCGGCGGUGGAUCCGAUGUACUUGGCGGCCCCGCCGUCGCAGGCGUGGCAGUCGGUGUGGCAAACGGGGGUGGAGGAUGGGGGGUACGGGGGCGGAGAGGGGAAUCUCGAUGGGCAAGGUUAACUGGAUCAGUCGGGGAUGCUAUCAUGCUAAGUGGCACGAUGCAAAAGCUGCUCAGCUUGUUCAUCCUUUCUGGAAUGUAGUUAAUUUUAAUUUAACUUGGCUGCAAUUUACGGAACGAGUGAUGACUUGUAUUGUCCGAAACCAAUUGAAACCUUGGAUCAUGUGUAGUAACAAAUUGCUUCUGUGAUUCAUCCUAUUGGAUAUCCAUGUGCAGUACCAAAGAUUAUCUUUGUGCAGUUCUGGGUUCGAUUCA